AUGAAUCUUAAAAGGAUUCUAGUCGAUACAGUUCAAGACGAUCAAACACAUUCUCCAAACAUAAAAACUUUACGGGUUAUUGAAAAAGAGGAGCUCCACGAGCUAGAAGUGAGCCCCCAAGAUGUCCCAUCCUCCAGUGUGACAAGUGUACAUCCAAUUGAUAUCUUGCAUGAAGAGCUUUCAAAAAAUGACAUCAAGGUUGACCAAAUCGGAAGAAUUAUAAAUGAUGGAAUUAUUCAAGGAUAUUUUGCACAAGACGAUCUCAAGGACAUUGCUCAAUUAUAUGGGAAAACAAUUCAAGGUCUCGGAAACAUCGAUGUAAUCACUUUGGCGGAUAGAAUGAAUUACGAACAAGUCGAUCAUAAGCAUGUUAUAAUUGGAAACGCUUUUAUGUGGAACGUUCUGAAAGCGGGCAUGAAUCAAGUUCGAGAUAAGUGCGACAACUUUAACUUCAAAAUUAGCGCAAUGGCAGAAACGACGACAGAUAAAAUAGAGUUCAAUUCGAAAUUGGUCCAUGAGGGACAAUUUUGUAUUCCCGACGUCGCCUCUUUCGAAAGAAUUGAUCUUCUUGAAAUUUAUCGAUCAGUGACAUUUAGAAAGUCUGCAGAUUUUGUUAAACGAGCCAAACACCUUAUCAAAUCGUAUUUAGUUGUGAGCACUGUUCCGGCUUGUGCUAUCUGGCAUUACGGAUUACGUUUAAGCGGAGCUUCUCACAAGAAGACUAUCGAGAAUAUUCCAAAUGCAGUUGUCAAAGUUUUGAUCGAUUUUCUCCUCGCAUUAUGCGGUUUUUGCCGAAAUGAAUUGAACGAGGAUGCAGAAACAAUAGUUGAUUCAGUUUUUUUCAAAGGGCUUGGCAAUACGGAAGAUGAAAGGCUCACCGAGUUCCAACGAUUAAAAGAUACAAGGGAUUCGUUGAUUGGCAAAUUCCGCACCUGCAUUUCGGAUUCCUUAAACGAAGUCCGUGAGAUGCCCUAUGAUUAUGUUGUAAAAAAGCUUCUUCCUCCGCCGCGAGGUAAACCUUUAUCUGAAGAUUGUGUAUCUUGGAAACAAUAUGAAGACGUCGUAAAAAAAUGCUAUUCGGAUCCGUCCGUGGAAAAUAUGAGAGCCAAAGACAUUAUAGAAUCUCGUUUAAAUUAUAAGUUGCAUCUGUUAAAUAAUGAUAACUCAUCGUCUUCCUAA